GCACCCGUGCCUGCCCUUGCUCUCUCCCAGGAACCAGAGAGUGUCUCUGCCCUCGCCCCCAGCUCAGCCAGAGCCUUUGUCACCAUCCUGCCCCUCUCCUGGCCAAAGCAUGGCUGCUCUGCGCAAGGUCCCUUGCCUGGGAGCUCCGGGGCCAGCAGUGGUCACUGAUCCCCAGGGAGCAUGGCCUUUCUCUGGGACGCUCACCCGCUGUUGUCGCUCCCCAGAAAGGUGACCCUCCUUGUUGUGGGGCUGGACAACGCGGGGAAAACUUCCAUCAUCAUGGACAUAGAGAGAGGUGAGGAGCAGGACGGCCCCGGAGCUGGCGUUGGCUGCAGGCAGCAGCUUUACAGUCCUUACCAACCAAGUACCUGAGCCUUGAAGGACGGAGAUCCUUGAAAUACAGCUGCUGGGCUGGAGGAAGCGUGCGGGCUUGUGCUGUGCCCUGGGCAGCCCUGGGAGCGGGGUUGUGGCUGGGGGAGGAGGAGGCACAUGCUGCAGGGAUGCUCCCGGGCUCGCUGCACCAGCUCUCUGCCCUCUCCCUGCAUGCAGCGCUGGCCGGUGAGAUGCUGCCCGCGGUGCAGCCCAGCCAGACCCACUUGCGGCUGGACAGGUUUGAGGUGACGCUGGUGGACUUACCCGGGGGCCAGCGCUCCCGCAGCACCUGGCGCAGCCAUUACAGCACGGCCCACGGGCUCCUCUUCGUCCUGGACUCCAGUGACCUGGCACGGAUGGAGGAGGCCCGCAAGGUCCUGAGCCGUGUCCUGAGCCAUCCCGACAUCUCUGGGAAGCCCAUCUUACUGUUGGCCAACAAGCAAGACGCGGCGGCCGCCCUGCUGCCCUGCGAGCUGAUCGAACGGCUCUCCCUGGAGCGGCUGGUCAACGAGCACCGCUCCCCCUGCCGCAUCGUGAGUGCGGGGCUUCCCCGCUCCCCCCUGCGCUCCCCCGCGCCCCGCCGGGGCUGACCCGCGUCCCCCCGCCCGCAGGAGCCCUGCUCCGCCAAGCGGGGUCCCGGCCCGGGCCCUCAC